CACUCCACUCCGCCGAAUCAUUCCCCAUUCUGCAAUCCCACUCCUCCGCCACCACCACCACCAAGCCAUGGAUGCGCGGCGGCGCUCCCCGAAGAAGCGCAAGUUCGAGCGAGUUCCGGACCAAGAUUCACCACCGGGGAGCGGCAGCGCCGGCGUCGACCUCAUCAACGCCCUCCCCGACGCCGUCCUCUGCACCAUCGUCUCGCUCCUCCCCACCAAGGACGGAGCCCGCACGCAGGCCAUCGCCCGCCGCUGGCGACCCCUCUGGCGCUCCGCGCCCCUCAACCUCGUCGCCGACUCCACCUUGUCUCGCCAGCAGCGCAAGCGCGUCGUCUACGUCACCAAGAUCCUCGCCGAGCACCCUGGCCCGGCCCUCCGCCUCAACCUCCCCUACAUCCGCCGACGUGACUACGGCAAGAUCGACGGCUGGCUUCGUUCCCAGGCCCUCACCGAUCUGCAGGAGCUCCACCUCGGCUACGACAGCCAAGACUCCCCCCCGCCUUCCCUGCUGUCGCCGUCCGCGCUCCGCUUCGCGCCGACACUCCGCGUUGCCACGUUCACCGACUGCCAUUUCCCCGACUUGUCCGCGCAGUCCCUGAAUUUUUCACAUCUCCAGCAGCUCGGCUUGUAUGGGGUCACUUUCUCGGCCUUGUCCGCGCAUUAUCUGAAUUUCCCACGCCUCAAGCAGCUCACCAUGAGCGUGGUCACCAUCUUGGAGGACGCUCUGCACAACAUGCUCUCUGGCUGCCUUUCGUUGGAAAGCCUUUUGCUGGAAGAUAAUGUUGGCUUUGCUCGCCUCCGCAUCAGCUCCCUGACUCUUAGGAGCAUCGGUUUCUCUGCUCCUUACACACAGGGGCCUUCUCUUUUCCAUGAGCUGGUCAUUGAGGACGCCCCUUGCCUUGAGAGGCUGCUGCCACUCAGUCCAGACUAUGGUCCGACGAUCGUCCGGGUAAUUCGAGCACCUAAGCUGCAGGUAUUGGGUGUGCUGUCAAAGGGCAUAUCCAAACUCCACAUUGGGACCACGGUUUUUCAGGAAAUGACUGCCAUCAGCUUGACAACCACAAUGCGCACGGUGAAGGUUUUGGUUAUUGAAUCUUUUGGCCCUAAUCUUGAUGCAGUAAUUGGCUUUCUCAAAUGCUUUCCCUGCUUGGAGAGGCUGUAUGUCCUUUCGCAGCCAUGGAUGGAGAUGAAAAAUGUGCAAAAAUAUGACCCACUGGAUCCAAUUGAAUGCCUUGAGAGCUAUCUCAAAAGAGUGGUGUGGAAGAACUACAUUGGGGACAUGCUAGAUGUUGAAUUUGCCAAGUUUUUCGUUUUGAAUGCGAAGGUGCUAGAAGAAAUGAAAUUUGUAUCCAGUAACAGUUGCGACCGCCAAUGGAAGUCUAAUCAACACAUGUGCUUACAAGUGGACAGCAGAGCUUCUCCUGAUGCUCGACUUGAAUUCAUUAGUUGUAUGGAUGUUUUAGGAGAUGACAAGCGUACCCAUGAUUUAUCAAUGGCCGAUCCCUUCGAGUGAACCUUUAACUUGGAUUGAUGCUGCAUGCAAAUUCGGCCCCUUUCAGAACAAUGGCUUGCCUUUUUUGUAGUUGAAAGUAACCCCGCCCUUCUGAUUCUCUCUAUGCAAUGAUCUAUUUUAUCCAAUAAUGGAAGGUUUUGUGGCCCGCCUAGAGCACACCUUUAAGCUCGGGCUUUUAUCCACCGUCAACUAUAGAAUGUGCAAGAUGAUAUUGAAAGGGGGUUUCGGAAGUUUAUUU